CAUUUUGAUCCCGUUUUGCCACCACCACCAGUAGUCCACUCGCCUCCACUUUUGUUUGCCAUUUCGUCCAGCAGUCUCUCCUCAGUCGCCUGUUCAUCUCUUCUCUCGACUCAACUACACUUACUCGUACCAUGUACGACGGUCCUGUGAGGGGAGGAAAUCGAGGCGGACAAGGCCUCUUCCGAUGGUCUGACGUCAAGGAUGAUAAGCACCGCGAAAACUACCUCGGUCACACAGUGAAUGCUCCAGUCGGCCGAUGGCAGAACAACAAGGACGUCCACUGGUACACCCGCGAUGUCGACAAUGACGCGGAUGCCGAGGCAGAGCGCCGCCGUGAAGAGAUCCGGAAGCUCAAGGAGCAAGAGGAAGAUGCCCUGGCGGUUGCGCUUGGGUUUGCCCCAGCCGACCGGUCCGGUGACGGCGAAGGGACCGGCUCAAACAACAUCCCAGUGAAGCGCGACGACCGGGCAGACAAGGAGGAGCGAAGGCGGGAGAAGGAACUGCGCAAAGAGCAGCGGGCUCAGGUCCGUGCUGAGCGGGAGCAGCGCCGGAACGAGAAGCACUCUCAUCGCGAUGACCGAGGGUCGCAUAGGGACCGUUCCGACCACAAGUCUCGUCGGGGAGACGACAACGGCCACCGUCGCUCGCGGCACAUUGAAGAUGACUCCGGGCGCCGCGGCUACGAUAGGGAGCGCUCCCCUCGCCGUGAUGACCGCAGAUCCGAUGAACGGAGGCGAGAAGAUCGCGACGAGAAGUCUCGGCAUCGCCGACAUGACGAGCGAUCACGGGAGAGGGGCAAGGAUUACGUUGGUGGAAGGCCAGCUGAGAGCCCAAGGCGUGCUGGUGACCAUUCGCGUCCCAGGUCGCGGUCUCCUGUUCGUCAGUCUAGGGAGCACCGGGCUGAUCGGCCGGAUCGGUCUCCGCGCUCGAAGGGGCCCGGCUCUGGCCCGAGUAGCACGACAGCGGACCGCUCCUGGAUCCAUGAUGAAGAUGAUUGAGGGCUGUUUGAGACGCACAAUGCAUUCCGUAUACGUUGU